AUGAUUCGCAAACUCUCAACAACGUCUUCGUUCUACUUCCAGUUAUAUCAGAUUGUUGAUGACCCUUCCUCGGAUCAGAUCAUCUCGUGGAGCAAAAGCAGCCCUAACAUCUUCGUAGUUUGGGACUUGAAAAAGCUUCGCAGAGACAUUCUUUUGAAAUCCCCUGGAGUGUUGUUGGGCAGAAACUUAACGGAGUUUAUCGCAAACCUCCGAUCUCAUGGCUUUCGAAGUGUCCUCAAGGGUUUUGGGGAAUUGGAGUUUGAACAUGAUGAUUUUAUGAGAGGCUUUGUUACUAAGAAGAAGAAGAUGGUCAAGGCUUUCUCCGACAGGGUUGAAAAGUUUGAUGCUCAGAUCAAAGCCAUCAUGUGUAGAUUCAAAGCCAAGAAAUCUUCCCUCAAAGUUGACAAUUUCGACCAGAAUCUAAUAAUCUGA